AUGCCCUCGUCCACUAUGCAGAUUUUCGCGUUUGUCCUGGCACUUCUAGGAGUCCUUGGUGCCACCACGGCCACAUUGCUUCCAAACUGGAAGGUGAGCAUCAGCAUGGGCUCCAACAUCAUGUCGGCUAUCUCGCAGAUGCAGGGCCUCUGGAUGGACUGCACUUGGUACAGCUCUGGCGUCUUUAGCUGCACGCUUAAGUACUCUGUCCUGGCAUUGCCAGCCUAUCUUCAGACCGCCCGGACUACCAUGGUGCUUUCCUGCCUGCUGGCAACUCUCGGGCUCUGGCUGGCAGCUCUGGGACUUAAAUGCACCCAUUGGGGGGGCAGUCAAAGCUCCAAGGUGCAAACUGCAAUAUCCGCAGGGGCGUGUUUUGUCCUCGCAGGAGUCCUGUGCCUUGUACCGGCAUCCUGGUUCACCAAUGAGGUCAUCAACACAUUUAUGGACUCUAAAGUUCCUCCAAGCGGAAAAUAUGAGCCGGGGGGAGCGGUGUAUGUGGCGUUUGUGUCAGCUGGGUUUUUCUUAGCCGGGGGUGUCAUUUUUUGCCUCUCAUGCCCCAGGAAAAGGGACGUCGCAACGAACUGCGGCUCAUCCAACAACGACAAGCAGCAAAAGCAGGAACGUAGAGAACAGCAGAGCCAGACGGAGCCGUCCAUGCAAGACCAAGAGCAGCAUCACAAAGAGAACCCAGCGCAGGAAAAACUCAAACUCGAACAGGAACAGCAGUGCAACUCGCCGUCCCGAAAGUGUCCUCAGAGCGCCAAGGUCCACUACAGCCUGCAGGACUACGUGUAAGAACGAUCUCAGGGAAUGAUUGUGGAGUA